AUGUCCUCGAGCCACCAGGUUUCUGGCCUCCAAUGCUACAGCUGCAACGUCAUCGUGGGCACGAAGCACGUGGAUGCGGGAUGCUCCAGCCCGGAGGUGGUCACCUGCUCCCACUCGCACCAGGGCUUCAAGCACCGAUUCUGCAUUAAAACGGAGAGCGUGGUGCUGGGGAUCCUGCUGACCAGCGGCUGCGCCACGUCCCGUCACUGCCAGCAGCAGGAGCUGCCGGGGGUUCGAAUCCACUGCUGCGACACGGAUCUCUGCAAUGGCUCCUCGCGGUCGGCCCUGGCGCCUCUCGCCCUGUCCAGCUGCUGCAUCCUGCUCUCCUGCCUCCUCACUGCCUUCUUCCUCUUCUGA